GUGUGUGUUUUCCUGGAUUCUUGGGCGGUUUGACGGAGCGCGUGUAAUGUAGUACUGUAGUAUUGUUACAACUGCUGAUAGUGAGGCUUUUCUUACGUUUGCAUACUGUCGUGUUAUUCAAAAGUGGAGUGUGAUGAGAUCACAUUGUAUGCAGUAGUAAUGUACUCUUAUGGAAGCCAUCGAGAUCAGAAAGCGGGCGAGCUGCUCCAUGAACCGGGACAAGGGGGCCUACACCCUCUGGCAUACCUGGGAUUCCAUCCUCCAGAGACCACCGGACGGCGGGGGGCGUGAUAAAAAGGACACGUCAUCACACGUCAGAUGACGCUCUGGCAGAUGCCGUCGAAACAUGUGGGCAAGGACUUUCACGCCAACCAGAGAAACAGGGAUUUAGAAGGAUCCUCACCAAAGCAACAGAAGAUGAUUCCUGCUUCUGUGCAUCUGAGUCCAAUCCUCAGUCCAUGAACAGCAUGAUGACCUCUGACCUCUGUGCAUGCUCAGCCUUGAUAUCCUCAACAGAGGGCAUCCCAUCCACUCAGGAUCAGCUCAGGUGGAAAGAGUGGAGAGCUUCAAGUACGCGGGUAUUAACAUCACGCAGGACCUGACGUGGUCCUGUCCAACAUGACCUUGAAGGUGGUUGAAAUGUAAAUAUUGCUCUUGUUUUAAAUUUAAAAAUCUGUAAACAAUAAAUUUUUAAAUAGAAUAUAUAUGAAUAAUAUAGAAUUUUAAAGCCUACAAAGGAUUGAAUUAAAUAUAUUUUAAGUGCCCCUCCUAACACUGGUAAUGAGUUAAUAUUUAAAUUAACUCAGUUUUGGUGUUACAUAUACUCUAUAUCAAACUAGAACUUUAACACCUAAGGAGUAAUAUUUUAAAGGGGUUCAAGAUCUUUUCUUUUUUUUAAAAGUUAUUUUUACUGAGCUCUGGAGUCUAUGCGAUGGUCACGCAUGUAGGUCUACACUAAAACAGAGUUUAUUCCAAAAGACAAAGUUUGUCUGUGUAUAGUUUCUGUUGUUGUUGCUGCCCAGAAACUUAGGCAACAUCAUUUGAAGGCAAGGUGGUCUGUGACAUUAUUUGAAAUAGUUACAUCCAAAAAGUGUGUAUUUUUCAAAACUACCCAUUUCUGUUGCAACUACAGAGACAUGCAUGUUUUUAAAAAACAAAUAUUCAUAUAAACACAGAAACAAAUUUAGCAUUGUGUGGUGUUAUGAGUGUCAGUUAACGUGCUACUGAAGAAACUAAGUUCGACACUUUUGUUAACGACUUUUCCAUGUACUACGCAGCAGAUUUCUUUCAUAGUUCAUCGAAGGUAAGCCAUUUUUUUCACAUUUUAAUCAUAAUAUAAUGAGAAUAUGUUAAAGUCGCGUGUUUUGUGGCUCAGUCUGAUGUAAAUGCGGUUUGACUUUUUAGAAACAACUCAGAUAUUGCUCUGAAUUUACAUUUGUACUUUUUCUGCAAAAUCUAGCAGUUUCUAAGUUUACAGAAAACAUAUUCCAAAUUUCAUAGCACUAUUUUGGACUUAGUGUCAGGUUAAAUUAUUUUGGUUAACAGUGCUAGUGAAUUUUUGAAGCUACUUCUUUAAGUUAAAUUGAAGACAGUUGAAAUUAGCACAGAGUCUAUUAGGUGAAUAAUAAUUCAGAAAGGUCCCUCCUUUGUACAGCUUUAAAAACUGACAUUUAAAGGAGGAAUGAUUGUAGAAGAUAAAAGCAAUUUUCAUAUCUUUUGUCAUGAUGUGAAUCAGAACAAUGUCCUGGCUGGUUUUAGUGGGGAUUGGAGAAAAUACAAUUUUUUAAUAUUAAUAUGGAAGGGUCAUGUAUGUUUGAAAUAGAUUUUUUUCUGUCCAAGCACCAAAUGGUGCAAAGACCCUAUUUCUAACCCAUGGGUUUAUUAUUAUUAUUGUUCUGUUCAUGAAAACAAGUCAAGAUGGUUGAAACUUGUGUGCAGCCUUCAGGGGAUUUUUAAGGAUUUUGGAUGUGUAUUCAGUUUCUUCUAACAUCAGAACUUUAAAGCUUAGAAAGCUUGAAAGUUCAUGAAUCUGACGUGCUUUGUGUCUCUAUUCUUGUUCACAGUAAUGCCACAAGGAAGCCUUCGUCUGGCCGCAAACGGCUAUUACCAUGAUGAUGGCCAACCGGUCAUUUCUUACAAAGAGAACACAUACAGGGUUUUCAGGAGGCAAAGGCAAACUAAUGGUCUCCGAUCAGAGGGUGGAACCAAAGAUGUCUUUGAGACCCCCAGUGACCAGAGGAGCUCGAGUCUCUCUACCAGGAAAACCCUUGUAUUUUUCCUUCUACUCAUCCCUCUGUGUUUUGGACUUCUGCAAUGGAUUCCGCCACAGAGCAACAUUUCUUCCCCGUCUGUACCUUUGGAGUUAUCUGAUUCAACCAUUGCAGUAGAUAUGAAAACAAGGUACGAGGAGCUGAUGAAGCAGCUAAAAGAGCAACAGGAGGAGCUGCUGUGGUUGAAGAAGAAAAUCAACCACCUUCUUCCAAAGGCGGACAUGUUGUCCAACUUUGCACUGGAGUCACUUGGAGCAUGUGUUUUGAAAUCGUCAGAACCAUUCCCAACGGAAACUGAAAGGCUGACGAGUUUUGGAAGACGCGUAAGGCAACGGCUUGCUGUGACCCCAAGCGUUGUCAUUCAGGGGCAGCCACAUUUGAUUCCAGGGCACUGCUGGGCUUUUGCAGGUCAGCAGGGACACGUAUCCAUCGCCCUGUCUCACCAAGCUGCCAUCAGCCAUGUGACACUGGGUCACAUUUCAAAGGCCUCGUCUUCAACCGGCUCCAUCUCCAGUGCUCCCAAGGAGUUCUCAGUCUAUGGAAGGAAGAACUUGGAUGACGAGAACAUCCACUUGGGAACCUUUCUGUACGAUGAGGACGGAGACUCUCUACAGACUUUCAAGCUACUGGAUCAUAAAAAAGGCGUAUUCAGCUAUGUAACAUUGCAGGUCCACAGCAACUGGGGCAUGCCUGAGUACACUUGUCUGUAUAGCUUCAGAGUUCAUGGGAAGCUAGCAGACUGAGGCCGACACCAAAAGGUCCAUGAUGAGCAAAAACAGUGUAUACUGUACACUAUCUUAUGAUAAUCCAAAAUAAAAUAAAUACAUUAACAAAACAAAAAAA